UUUGGAGCUUAGAGGAGUAGAUUGGUCUCUAGGUUGCCGAUCGGUGAUGUUAAAAAGAUAAGAUUGAGAAACAGUGUAGAACUGCUGGAGGAGUGGCUUGAUGCUCUCAGCUUCCGUGAGCGUAUUGAACAUACGACUUUGGUCUGAUGAGGCCUUGUCUCUGGCACUGGGGAAACGCUGUGCAAAUCAUUAUAUUUGCAGUGAUAUCUGUCAAGAAGGUGAGUUUGCCCCAAGUAUGUCAAUGUCUGUGUGUGUGUGUGACUUUUGAACACUUCUUCACUGUUUUUUAUCAUUAAUUUGUGUUUCAGAAUGCACCUGUUUGCUCUCUUGAGAUAUUCAUCUAACAAAAUUAUUGUCUUAUAGCCUCAUAAAAAUCCAUGGUAACUAUCAUUUAGAAAAAGAAAAUUGCCGAUUGAAGGUAAUGACGUGAAUUUGUCAUAGCUACCAGUAUAUUUUCUUUGGGUUUUUCUUUUCCAAACACUUGGAGCAUUCCUUUUCUUCCCAGGAGAGAGAGAUAUGUAACAAGGUUAAGCAGAAACUCUUCUAAUCAGGUCUAAAACCUACCAGUUUAACGGCUGCCUCCAAGUUUAUGAAGUGUGCCUUGCUCUGUGUCUUGAUGCUACACACACUGAUAAAGAGAUGAGGCUAGGUUUUCUACUCCAAAAAAUAGUGGUGUUCCAGCAUAAACCUCAUUCCCAGUAAUCAAGCAGUGCUAAACUGAGCAGGCUCAUGCAAGCAAAGACCUGGAAGAGCAGCUGCGGUCCGUGUCCAGCGUGGAUGAACUCAUGACAGUGCUUUACCCAGAAUACUGGAAAAUGUUCAAAUGUCAACUGAGGAAAGGAGGCUGGCAGCACAACAGGGAACACUCCAGGUUUGACACAAGAUCAGAUGAUUCACUGAAAUUUGCUGCCGCACACUAUAAUGCAGAGAUCCUGAAAAGUAUUGAUACUGAAUGGAGAAAAACUCAGUGCAUGCCACGUGAAGUUUGCGUGGAUGUGGGAAAAGAGUUUGGAGCAACUACAAACACCUUCUUUAAACCCCCAUGUGUAUCCAUCUACAGAUGUGGAGGUUGCUGCAAUAGUGAAGGACUCCAGUGUAUGAAUAUCAGCACAAAUUACAUCAGCAAAACAUUGUUUGAGAUUACAGUGCCACUCUCCCAUGGCCCUAAACCUGUAACUGUCAGUUUUGCCAAUCACACGUCGUGCCGAUGCAUGUCAAAGCUGGAUGUCUACAGACAAGUUCAUUCUAUCAUAAGACGUUCCUUGCCAGCAGCACAAACUCAGUGCCAUGUGGCAAACAAGACCUGUCCAAAAAAUCAUAUCUGGAAUAAUCAAAUUUGCCGAUGUUUGGCACAACAUGAUUUUGGUUUCUCUUCUCACCUUGGAGAUACUGAUGCUUCUGAAGGAUUCCAGAUUUGUGGACCAAACAAAGAGCUGGAUGAAGAAACCUGCCAAUGUGUCUGCAAAGGAGGCGUGCGGCCCUCAAGCUGUGGACCUCACAAAGAAUUAGACAGAGCAUCAUGUCAGUGCAUGUGCAAAAACAAACUUCUCCCUACUUCCUGUGGGCCCAACAAAGAAUUUGAUGAAGAUAAAUGCCAGUGUGUAUGUAAAAAAACCUGUCCUAAACAUCAGCCACUAAAUCCUGCAAAAUGCACCUGUGAAUGUAUAGAAUCUCCCAAUAAAUGCUUCUUAAAAGGAAAAAGGUUCCAUCACCAGACAUGCAGUUGUUACAGACCGCCAUGUACAGUUCGAACGAAACGCUGCGAUGCUGGAUUUUAUUUCAGUGAAGAAGUGUGCCGCUGUGUACCCACAUACUGGAAAAGACCACUUAUGAAUUAGUGAAGAGAGCACUACUUGCCAUUUUGGUGUACAUUUUUCCAUUAGAACAAAAGAACAACAGAAACUUCGCUAAUAUUUGGAAUUAAAUGUUCACCAGAGACCCUGUGGGGCUUUCAGAGACAGACACAUUGUGCUUUUCUCAAGAUGUGGAAAGCAAAUGUAGAAAAUAACUGGGGUCUAUGUUUUGUAAAGAACUCAGUAAGGACUUAUUUUCUGCCAAUGACCAAACAGCCUAGGUUUUCCUUCUUGUGAUUUUUUUUUUUAAGAGAUAAUGACUAUAUAAUUUAUUUCCACUAAAAACAUUGUGCAGCAUUCCUGUUUAUAGCAGUAACAAUUGUUAAAGCUCACUGUGAUCAAUAUUUUUAUAUCAUGCAAAGUAUGUUUAAAAUAAAAUGAAAAUUGUAUUAUAUAAUGGUGAGAAUGUUUGAUCGACUGUCCAUAGAAAGGAAUUACAAUUCAGCUAAAUUACUGGAGUUCAGAAAAGCAGGGGAAAGGGAGGUUAAGAGAAAGCACUUUCAUGAAAAGAAACAUAAUUGAGCCCACAGUCAUUUUUUUCAUAUCUGUUGUACAUGUAGCUUGAAAUAUAAGUAGUUAGACUUAACGUUUCAUGAUCUGGUGAAUUUGUCUUUAGAAUGAAACUAGCAACGCAAGUACAACUAAUGAAAACAUUGGUGAUCCUGUACAUUGCCCAAGAAUGAGGACUAUGUUUAAAGGACAGGAGCAACUACUCACCUUCCAAUAUGUGCACCAUUUAUUUUAUUUCCUGUUAGUAUUCCUUAAAAGUAAUAUAAAAUAAUGGUUUGCUGAAGGUUAUUAACAUAAAAAAUGGAAAUGUCAGCUAUGUUUUUACAGAUAAUAUUGUAAAAUUUACAACUAAAUAAUUCAGAAUGCUUCAACGCAACUUUACUCUUGCGUCUGGUCUGUCAGCUGAUCUUAGUCAACAGUGUAUGUGUGUGCUAAAAUACUCUGACGAAAAAUAAUUUACAUUCCACUGGGACCAUGGAAGGACUGCCACCAGUCCAGUAUGGAUUGACAUAAUCGCUACACAAAAAAUUGUCAGGACUUCCCUUUAUUUAGAGAAGGUUAAAUCAAACAUCUAUGACUCUAAAAAGAGGUAAGAUUUUUAACUUGUAUCAAAUGAGGACUAUGCCUAGAAUAAUCUAAUCAGAAUUAAAAUACUUCAGCAGUUAGAAGUUUUCAAAUUAUGGAAACAUUACUGAGCGUAGAAAGAAACAAGCAAAACUGCAGAGCAAGAUAUUUUGGAAUAAUAGUAAGCAAAGCUGCAAA